AUUAUUAAAUGAUUUAUAUCUACAAAUCAUAAAAAUAUUGGAAUUUUAUAUAUUAUUUUAGCUUUAUGAUCAGGAAUAUUAGGUUCAUCAAUAAGAUUUAUUAUUCGAAUAGAAUUAAGUUCACCAGGAUCAUGAAUUAAUAAUGAUCAAAUUUAUAAUACAAUUGUUACAAGUCAUGCAUUUUUAAUAAUUUUUUUUAUAGUUAUACCAUUUUUAAUUGGCGGAUUUGGAAAUUGAUUAAUUCCAUUAAUACUUGGAUCUCCAGAUAUAGCAUUUCCACGAAUAAAUAAUAUUAGAUUUUGAUUACUUCCUCCAUCACUUUUGAUAUUAUUAUUAAGAAAUUUAUUUUAUCCAAGACCCGGAACAGGAUGAACAGUAUACCCACCUUUAUCAGAAUAUUUAUAUCAUUCUUCUCCUUCAGUAGAUUUUGCAAUUUUUUCACUCCAUAUAUCAGGAAUUUCAUCAAUUAUAGGAUCAUUAAAUUUAAUAGUAACAAUUAUAAUAAUAAAAAAUUUUUCAUUAAAUUUUGAUCAAAUUUCUUUAUUUCCUUGAUCAGUAUUUAUUACAGCAAUUUUAUUAAUUAUAUCAUUACCAGUAUUAGCUGGAGCAAUUACAAUAUUACUAUUUGAUCGAAAUUUUAAUACUUCAUUUUUUGAUCCAAUAGGUGGUGGAGAUCCAAUUUUAUAUCAACAUUUAUUUUGAUUUUUUGGUCAUCCAGAAGUUUAUAUUUUAAUUCUUCCAGGAUUUGGUUUAAUCUCCCAAAUUGUAAUAAACGAAAGAGGAAAAAAAGAAAUUUUUGGAAAUUUAGGAAUAAUUUAUGCUAUAUUAGGAAUUGGCUUCUUAGGAUUCAUUGUUUGAGCACAUCAUAUAUUCACUGUUGGAUUAGAUGUUGAUACCCGAGCAUAUUUUACUUCAGCAACAAUAAUUAUUGCUGUCCCAACAGGAAUCAAAGUUUUUAGAUGACUAGCAACAUAUCAUGGAGCAAAAUUAAACUUAAAUAUUUCUGUUUUAUGAUCAUUAGGAUUUAUUUUAUUAUUUACUAUUGGUGGAUUAACAGGAAUUAUAUUAUCUAAUUCUUCAAUUGAUAUUAUUCUCCAUGAUACAUAUUACGUUGUUGGACAUUUUCAUUAUGUAUUAUCAAUAGGAGCAGUAUUUGCAAUUAUCUCAAGAUUUAUUCAUUGAUAUCCAUUAAUUACUGGAUUACUAAUAAAUAAUAAAUGAUUAAAAAUUCAAUUUACUAUAAUAUUUAUUGGAGUAAAUUUAACUUUUUUUCCUCAACAUUUUUUAGGAUUAAUAUCAAUACCUCGACGAUAUUCGGAUUACCCUGAUUCAUAUUAUUGUUGAAAUUCAAUCUCAUCAAUUGGAUCAAUAAUUUCAUUAAAUAGAUUAAUUUUACUUAUUUUUAUUAUUUUAGAAAGAUUAAUUUCAAAACGAAUAAUAUUAUUUAAAUUUAAUCAAUCUUCUUUAGAAUGAUUAAAUUCAUAUCCACCAUUAGAACAUUCACAUAUUGAAAUGCCUUUAUUAAUUAAAAAUUUAAAUAUAAAAACUAUUUUAUUAAAAUUUUAA